UCCACCUUGACACGUUCAGUGGUGAAAUAUGAACCUCAGUUGAACGCGGUGACGGGCAGUAGUGAUUCGACCAACAAAUCGCGACUCCUAGUUUCCCAUUUUUUUUCCUACGGUGGAGCAUUUUCUAUAUAGUUUUACAGAAUGGCGAAACCAAAGGUGCUCCCAAAUCCCAAAUUGCUGGCGAGCGACGUCCAGUUGAUUAUAUUCCUCGCUUUUUUCGUCACCCUGACUGCCUUCUACGUGAACUUUCUGUGGAGAAAACGGAAAAUGUUCAUCCAGUCGUGGAACGUGCCCGGACCUAUUAAUUUGCCGAUCAUCGGUGCCGCUUACCUGUUUAUGUGUCGACCGGAUAAGAUCUACAGCAGAUUGACAAAGUUGCAGGCCCGAUUUCCUAAGGUCACCAAACUAUGGUUCGGUAGUCGUCUUCUUUAUUGCCUCCAGGAGCCCAGCUACAUCGAGAAGAUGCUAAAUAAUCCGAAAAUGGUCGAAAAGGACUACCUGUACAAACACCUUGUCGAUUGCAUAGGCCACGGAUUGAUGACCGCUCCAGGUCCCAUGUGGCGCAAGCAUCGUAAGGCAAUAAUGCCGUCUUUUAAUCAAAAAAUCCUCGACUCGUUCGUCGAGGUGUUCGCCGAACAGAGUCGCGUGUUGACCGACAUUUUGGAGCAGCAUCGUGGCAAGAAAAUGGACACUCUGACGUUGGUCGCCAGAUGCACGCUCGACAUUGUCUGCGAGACGGCAAUGGGCCUGCAGUUGAGCAUCCAGAAAACCGAUGCGGAAUACGCUAUACUGUUCGACAAAAUCAUGGAAUUGUGUUUCAUAAAAAUUUUCCACAUCUGGAAUCACAACGAGUUCGUGUGGAACCUUGGAAGCGGUCGUUUGCUAAAAGAAUACCUGCGGCGUUUCAACCAACUGGCACAGAAGGUGAUCGAGGAGAAAAUGGAACUGAAAAAGAGGCGGAAAAAUUCCGAGGCCAAAGUCGAAGAUGCGCCCAAGAGAUUGGCGUUCUUGGAUCUGAUCAUGCAGAAUUCCGAUUUUUCGGCAAUCGAAUUACGGGACGAGGUGAACAUCUUCCUAUUUGCCGGCACCGACACAACGGCCUCGUCGCUUAGUUUCUUGCUCGCCGUUUUGGGCAUGUUUCAGGAUAUCCAGGGCAAAGUGUACAACGAGGUGAUAGAGAUAAUGGGUCACGAUAGGUUGCCCGAGUACAAGGAUUUACCACUUAUGAAGUACACGGAGAGGGUUAUCAAGGAAACCCUCAGGCUGUUUCCUGUAGGGGCGUUUUUCCUUAGGGCCGCCACGGAGGAUCUCGAUUUGGGCGACAUAGUCAUGCCUAAGGGGUCGUCGGCAUUCUUCGGUACCGUUUUCAUCCAUCGCAAUCCCAAGUACUGGCCCGACCCGCUAAAGUUUGAUCCGGACCGGUUUCUACCCGAGGAAAUCGCAAAACGGCACCCAUGCACGUACAUACCCUUCUCGUACGGGCCCAGGAAUUGCAUCGGCAUGAGGUACGCGAUGAUGGCGAUGAAGACGAUAGUGGCGAACGUGAUACGGCGCAUGCGCAUUUACUGCGAUUACAAAUCGAUCGAGGAGAUUCAGUUGAAAACCAAUAUCGUGCUGAGAUUCCGCGACGGUUGCAAAACGUCGAUGGAACUUAGGGAGGUGGACAACGCCAGGGAAAAGAAUGCCUAAAACUUACGAACCUCUCAAUUAAAAGUUCGACGCGAAUGGUACUUGGCGUUCGAUGGGAAGCAGAAUUUUUGACGAAUUUUUUUUUCGGAGACGUUAAACUCGAACACCCGGUACGGUUGAAUACCUAUAUAUUUUUUAAUUGGACAAAAAAAUACAACAAGUCGUCUGUGA